AUGGAGAAGCGACGGGCGUCAGACGAGAGUAUACGUCGGUACCGCAGCAGCAGCAGCGGCAGCAGUCUUGGAACUCCAGGCACGUCCAACCCCCAGCCCACUGGCCACUGCUUCGUGGCUCCGACAGGGGAACGUCAUGGCUUGCGCAGUCUCGACCCAGACAAAGCAUGUUUUGUCAGCCAAGCAGACGAAAUCAUCAUCCUGUUCGAAGCCGUCCCCCCAACGCCCCUCCCUCCACCUGCACCCCCAUCGUCGAGAUCCCGCCGCCUCUUCCAAGCCGUCCAGCGCCGACUGUUGGCAGUUCCACAUGUCCACACGCCUAGUUCAAUCCAUUCAUGUGCGUCUUGCUUCGCUCCGACAAUGGUUAGCCGUCCAACGAGCUCGUUUUUCGCCUCAAAAGUGUCCCCCCAUCGAUUGUGGCAAUGCCAAACCUGCCCAGAUUUGUUCGUCUGCGAUGCGUGUUAUAUGCAAGGCGCCCACGGUUUCGAGAGCCAGGCGCCCGACUUGGCCGAAGCCAAACUCGACUUGCAGCUUGUCCAGUUGUGCAAAGCGUUCACGCUGCCUUUCUUGCGGCUCCUUCGUACGCGCAUCUGCCACUCGACUGCCAACCCCCAUCGACGCCUAGGUCGGUAUGUGAACCUCGUCUAUUGGUUUGGCCAAGUCGUUGGAUCGACGCCGUUGGCUGAGAUACCCCAGCGGGGCCUCGAGUUUACUGACCUGGAUGUGGAUGUGCGACAAGAGUUCGUUGAAUUGCUGCGGCCACUCUUGGGCCAGCGGUCGGACUUGACCAUGAACUUGGAAUGGAAUGAUGGCUCGAUUAAAGAUCGAGGAAGUCUGCGGUUGUGGGUGACAGACACAAGUGAGACAUCUUCACCAUUUCAAGGCAUCCUGCUGCAAGAUGUGAUCCUUCCGCGCGCGGUGGACGAGAAAACGUUGGCGCCAGCGAGUGCCACGUAG